AUGGAUUAAAAAAAAAUUGAGACUCUUAUUAAUGAGGCAUUAUAAAAUCCAGAUCCUGAUAUACAAUAUAUGAGAGCAGAAGAAAUCACUAAUGAAUUGACAAUUUAUUAUGGAAAACCAGAAUAGAAUGAAAAGAAUCAAAAAAUUAUUAAUGAAUGUUAUAAAGUAUUUUAUUAGCAUUUAUCAUCUCAAUAUAGAGAGAUUUAAGGUAAUAUUAUAAAUAUUUUAAUUUAGGAAAUGCAAUUAGAUAAUUUUAAAGAUUAUCUCCAUUAAUGAGAUCUUAAGAAGUUUAAUAUAUUACAAAGGAAUUAUUGAAGUCUUCAACCUAAAGUAUGAAUGAUACAAGAGAGAAUUAUCAUAUUUGUCUUUUAGAAAUAGUUGAAAAGAUUCCUAGUAUAGUCUAAUGUUUAAAUGAAAUUUAAGAAGAAAUUAUUAAAAGUAAAUUACAUAUUAAGAAUAAUUAGAAUUGAGAGAAUUAAAAGAAGCAAUUAAGAAAUUAUAGGUUUCUAAUUAAAUAGUCCAUUAAGAGAUUUAAUAAAAUAUUGAAAUAUAGGCUGAACUUUUAAAGAUUUUAAGUUUAAUAAUGUCAAGAUGGCCUAAAUUAUAUUAGAAAGACUUUAGUGAUUUAUUAUUAGAUAAUAUAAUAAAUUCAAAUGAAUUAUCAAUAAGAAAAAAUUCAUGUGUGUGUUUAGGAUAUUUAGGAUUAUCCCUUAGUUAAUAAAGUCUUAAUGAUUUAAUUUAAUAAAGUAUAAUAAGAUAAAAAUAAAUAUAGGAAUAUUACCACUUGUUAAAGAAUUAAAAUUUGAUUAAUAGAGUUUUGCAAAAUAAUUGUAUUUAAAUUAAAGUUUAAAUCAUUUGGCUAAGAAUUCUGGAAAAUAUUUUGAUAAAGUUUUAGUUGAAUAAAUAUUUGAGAGAUAUUUUUAGAUAUAGAAUGAAUAAAAUAAAAUAGAUUUAGAUAAUGUUAAUUAAUAUGCUGAGAUAUUAGAAAUUUAAUUACUUACAUUAAAUUAUUUAAUUUAAAAUAAUUAUGCUCGUGCAUUUGAUUUUUAAUUGAUUGAAUAAAUUACACCUUUAAUUGAUUUUGAUCCAUUAGGAGUAGCAACUGUUGAAGAAAAUCCAUAUGAUGAUGAUUAUUAUUUUGAUGAAAGUAGAUUUGUAUAAUAAAUUCAUUAGCAACUGAUUCAACUUGGAGAGUAAGAAGAUGUACAUUAUAUACAUUCUAAGAGUUAUUAAAGAUUCAACCAUAAUUAUAUAAAUUAAUAUUAUCAGCUCUAUUUGGUCCAAAUCAAAUUAUUAUGAAAAGAAUGAAUGAAAAAAAUGCAGAAAUCAAAUUAUCUAUUGUUUAAUUUUUAAUUAAUUUAGUAUAAGCAUCAGCAAUAAUAAAUGAAGAUCUAAAUUCUACUGAUGAAAUUUAAUAAUUAACAUUAAUAAAGUAAAGAUCAAUUCCACCUUCUAUUUCAUUAAUUGAAUUGGUAGAAUAACUUUUAGAAAAAAUCUAAUUAAUUUUUAAUGAUUCUUAAGAAUAAUAAUCUUUAAAAUCAGAAUCAACUAAAUUAUUAUUAGCUAUUGGAUAAUAUUUUAACUCUUAUAUAUAAACAUCACAUUCAUGUUACUUAAAAAUAGUUGAAAUUAUUCAUUAAUCAAUUAUUGGUUCUUCUAUUAAUUAUUCUAAUGAAUAAAAAGUAUUUAUAUAAUUAUUAAAUUAGCUUGCCUCUAUUUUAACUAUGAAAUCUAUACUUAAGAUUACAGAACCAGUUUCAUUUUAAGUACCAAUUUUAUAGUAAAUGGUUUAAAUACUAAUUGAAGCAGUAAAUUAAAAAUAUAUCAGAAUUCAAGUUGAAGGAUAUAAUACUAUGGAUAUAUUAAUUGGUGUAUUAAAAUAGAAUUAUUAAGAAUAAUUAUUUUAAGAAUCAUUGAUAAAAAUUAAAUAAAUUUUAAUUAUUAAAAUAUAGAUUGAUACUUUAGAUUAAGAAGUUAAAUAAAGUUUAUUAUCACUUGCUACUGGAUUAUUUAAACAUUUUGAAUCACUAUUUACAAAAACAGAAAUUGAAUAAUUAGCUCAAACAGCUUAACUUAGAUUAUAGAUUGAAUCCUUAACAAUUCAUAUUAUGUUACUAGUACAAUAUUUCAAAAAUCUCAAUGAUCCUAAACCAUUAAUUUCAAAUAUAGCUAAUCAACUAUAGAAAAAUGACAAAGCUUAAAUAUUUAUAGCAUUAAUUCAUUUAAUAUAGAAUAAUAAAGUUGAUUAAAAUCUUGCUAUUGAUAUAUUAAGUAAAUUCAAAUAAAUUACAACAGAAAAUUAUGAUUUAUAAAUUUAAACACUAUAAACAUUAAUAAAAGUUACUGGUAUUAAAUUACCUGAAUAACUUGUAAGAGAGACUGUUAAAAUUGGUUUGUAACAAACAAAAAUAAAACCUGAAAUUGAAGACUUUUUUAAUUUGGUUAAUGAAUAAAAAAUAAUUGAAUAAGAAAUUACUAAAUAAUUAGGAAAAGAAGAAUUAUAUCCUGCUGGAUAAAUUUAUUGUUCAAUAUUAAAAAAUAUCCCUGGUUCAUUAAGUUCUUUAUAUUCUUCAAUAUCAACUAAUAGAUAAUUAAAAUUAUCAACUUUAAGAUUUUUACAUAAAUUUCAAAAAGAUUAAUAAUCUAUUAAUAUUUUAUGUUAAUUAAUUAAAGAUAAUCAAGAUUCUGAUUUAGCUGCAUUUGUAAUUGGCUCAGCUGUUUGUGAUUUUUAAUAAAUAAAAAAGUUGAUUGAUUAAUAUCCUAAUUAAUAUUAAUUUUAUCAAGCAUUAAAGGAAUUUACAGAAAUAAAUUUAAUAAAUAAUCCAAUAGAAAUUGCUCAAUAUAUUUUGAAUUAGGUUAAUGGAAAAGAUAAGAUUAUUUCAACAAUAUGUGGUGAUAUAUUAGGUGGUUUAUUUAAAUAAAAUUAUAAAUCACUUGAAUAACUUUUAUUUGAUAGUAUUAAAAGUGGAUCUUAAACUGUUAAAUAUUCUUGUAUUUAAAGUUUGAAAUAUACACAUUAAUGGACCAAUAAAGCCUAAAUCUUAUUAGAAAUGCUUUAAAAUGAAAAAGAUAUUCAAAUUCUUACAGGAAUUAUUAAAGCACUUACAUAAAAUAUAUAAUAUAUUAAAUUAAAUAAUUUAACUUAAUAUUUAACUUUUUGUUUAAGAAGAUAUGAAGAAAAAGAAUUAAAUUUUGGUAAUUUUGUUGAAAAAAGAGAUGAUGCUAAAGAUUUAAGAUCAUUAUCAUUUGAUUUAUUAGAAUCAUUCUUAGAUUUAUAAAAUCUAGAAUUGAAAUCAAUCUUAAUAGAAGUAUUUGAAAAAUUUGGUAAUUAUUAUCUUAAUUAUACAAUAGCUGAAGAUAAAUAUGAAGAAACUAGAAUACCUAGAUUAAGAAUUAUUGAAAAAAUCAUUAAAAGAAAUCCUCUUGAAUUAACACCAUUUUAAGAUAUCUUAUUAAAAACAUUUGAACCUAUUCUUAAAACAUUAUAAUAAUAAAUAUAAAAAUAAGAUCAAGUAAAAUAUAAAUUAAUUAUUAGAAUUUUGAUAAAGAAAAAGAAAAAAUUAAAUUAAUAAUCUAAAUUCUAUAAGGAUUAAGAUAAAAUUCAAAAGAAGUUGAUACAUUAUGCAUGAAAUAUCUAACAGAAUAAGUCUUAAAGACUAUAUGGUAAUGA